AUGACGUAUGUGGGGAGUUCAGAUCUCAUCUUUCAGAGCUUGGCCGAUGAGACGGGAGUUUCCGUAAGACAAAUUCAAGCCGCCCUGAUUAGCUUGUGUACUCAAGACAUCGCAUCCUCCAGAUCGCUCCCGACAGGACAACCUGCGCACAUCGCCAAGUUCCACGUCUUAUAUUUCGUCAAGAUGGUCCAGAAGUACAAUAUUCUCGGCGCGCAGGUCGGCUCGCACUACCUGGCGAUGGGCGUCCUUGGCACAUUAUUUGGCGGUGUGUACGCUGCAACACGCGGCGGCAAGAAAACCACGGCCACCACGCCGCCGAUCAAUGCUUCCAGCCCUGAUGAGGCCGACUUUAUCAAGAAGUUCAUAGAAGACGCAGGUGCGGAGGAAAAGAAGGCCGGCUCAGCGAAGCACUAG